UCCACUUUCUCUCAGUGAUUUGCGCAGCUCGUCUGUGACCAUGGCACAGUCUCGGCUUCUGCUGUUAGCGAUCUGCUUUAGCGUCCUCCAGUCCGGUUGUGGCCUUCCGUCUCGCUCCAAAAAAGCAGUUCCAGCUCGUCAGAGAGCGACGGAGGAUGAAGACAUGAGGACGCAGAUCGACAAGCUGUGGCAGGAAGUCAAUUCCCUGAAAGAGAUGCAGGCGCUGCAAACAGUUUGCCUGCGCGGCAUCAAAGCCCACAGGAAGUGUUACCUGCUUUCUGAGCAGGCCAAGCACUACCACGAGGCCAACGAGGACUGCAUCGCGCAGGGAGGGACCCUGGCCAUACCUCGAGACAUCAGCCAGAACGACGAGCUCACGGACUACGUCAAGCGCAGCGCAGCCGCAUCCAAAGAUUUCUGGAUCGGCAUAACUGACAUAGUGAAGGAAGGCCAGUACGUGGACGUGAACAGCCUGCCUGUCGCUUUCUUCCACUGGGAUCGUUCCAAGAGAGAGCCGACCGGAGGGAAGAGAGAGAGCUGCGUCGCGCUUUCGCUGGCAGCGCAGGGAAAGUGGCACGACGAGGUCUGUCGCAGUCAGAAGAAGUACAUUUGUGAAUAUCUGAUCCCGUGAUGUGUGUGUGACAGCCCGUCAUCAUUAAAAAUGAAACGCUCGGC